AUGACUGACGCGAACGGAACUGGCAAGGCUAAGAAGAGCCUGGUGCUCAAUGCCUUCGUGGAGAUGUGCAGUGGGCAUCAGUCCCCUGGACUCUGGAGGCAUCCCGAUGACCAGUCGUGGCGCUUCAACGAGAUCAGCCACUGGGUUGAGCUCGCGAAGUUGCUUGAGGAAGCCAAGUUUCACGGCAUCUUCAUCGCCGAUGUUCUAGGCGGUUACGAUGUGUACUCACAGUCUCUGGACCCUGCAAAGAUCUCCGGAGCGCAAUGGCCUGUCAAUGAGCCUCUGGCGCCCGUGGCCGCGAUGGCGGCCGUGACGAAGAGCAUUGGUUUCGGUGUGACGGUGUCGACGACAUAUGAGCAGCCCUACCACUUGGCUAGACGUCUGUCAACAGUCGACCAUCUCAGUGGUGGCCGGACCAAGAGGCAGAUUGUGACCAGCUACUUGGACUCGGCAGCCAAGAACAUGGGUCUCGCUGAACAGCCCCAGCACGACGACAGAUACGCCCAGGCCGAGGAGUACAUCAAGGUCAUGUACAAGCUCUUCGAGUCCUCCUGGCGCGACGACGCCGUCAAGCUCGACCGCAAGUCGGGCGUCUACACCCAGCCCGACCUCGUCCGCAAGAUCAACCACCAAGGCCGCUUCUUCAACGUCCCGGGCCCGCACAUCGUCCAGCCCUCCCCGCAGCGCACGCCUCUCCUCCUGCAGGCCGGCACCUCCAAGGCCGGCAAGCAGUUUGCGGCACAGCACGCCGAGGCCAUCUUCGUCUCGGCCCACGCGCCCGCCGUUUGCGCCAAGAGCAUUGCCGAGAUCAGAGAGAUUGCGCGCACGCAGUACGGACGCGACGGCAACGAUAUCAAGGUUCUCGCGCUCGUGACGCCGAUCCUCGGCAAGACCGAAGAGGAGGCGCAGGCCAAGCUGGCGGACUACCGACAGUACGCCUCGCACGAGGGUGCGCUCGCCUUGUUUGGCGGCUGGACGGGCAUCGACCUCAGCAAGUAUGGCGACGACGAGGAGUUGCGCCAUGUCGAGAGCAAUGCUGUCCGGUCGACGGUUGAGGGCUACGCGAAGUUCUCGCCCGGUACGUCCAAGUGGACAAAGCAUACUAUUGCGGAGCACGUCAGCAUCGGCGGCAACGGACCGAUUUUCGUCGGAACGGCUGCGCAGGUCGCAGACGGUCUAGAGACGUGGAUUGAGGAGGCGGAUGUUGAUGGAUUCAACUUUGCUUAUGCGCUCUUCCCGCAAUCCUUCAAGGACAUUAUUGACCUGCUCAUCCCCGAGCUUCGACGCCGCGGUCUGUUCUGGGACGAUUAUGCCGUGCCAGGCGGAACAUACAGAGAGAACUUUUACCGCAAGAAGGGACAAUCAGGGCCUUUGGACGAACACGUCGCCGCGUCAUACCGGUGGAAGGCGGGUGUGUCGGCGGAAGAGGCAAAGAUUCCCGAGUAG